UAGAGCUGUUUGAAGAUGUCUCUUUUAGAAUGUCUUCUACAGACAUCGAGCACAGUGACACUGCUGGGGGCUCUGCUGUUUCUGCUGGCCCUUUACCGCCUCUCCUCUGGUUCAAACUCUGAGGAACAGGGGAAGCAGCCUCCAGGACCCAGGCCUCUGCCCCUGCUUGGUAACAUGCUCCAGCUGGAUCUCAAGAGGCCCUAUCACAGCCUCUGUGAGCUGUCCAAGAAAUAUGGGUCUGUUUUCACGGUUCAUUUUGGACCCACAAAAGUGGUCAUCCUGGCAGGAUACAAGACGGUCAAUCAGGCGCUGGUCAACCAUGCAGAGGAGUUUGGGGACAGGGGCAUGCUUCCUGUGUUCUAUGAUUUCACCAAUGGACAUGGUAUUCUGUUUGGCAAUGGCGAAUCAUGGACAGAGAUGAGGCGCUUUGCCCUGGCAAACCUUAGAGACUUUGGGAUGGGCAAAAAAAGGAUUGAAGAGAAAAUCUUAGAGGAAUCUCACUACCUGAUUGAAGUGUUUGAAAAUCACAAGGGUAAAGCAUUCGACACAUCCCAGCCAUUGAAUUAUGCUGUCUCCAACAUAAUCUCCAACAUUGUGUACGGCAGCAGGUUUGAAUACUCUGACCCCAAGUUCAAAGCCACUGUAAAUCGAGCCAACGACAACCUCCGAAUUGGUGGCUCCAUUUCAAUACAGUUGUACAACAUGUUCCCCUGGCUGGGCCCUUGGCUGAAAAGCAAGAAGCUUUUGUUGAAGAAUAUUGAGAACAACAAGAAGGAGAUGGAGGAGCUGGUGCGGGGGCUGAAGGAGACUCUCAACCCUCAGAUGUGUAGAGGCUUUGUGGACUCGUUCCUCGUCCGAAAGCAAACCCUGGAGGAAUCUGGCAACAAGAACUCUCACUACCAUGACAACAACCUGAUAUCCUCUGUGGCCAACCUGUUUUCUGCUGGUACAGAGACCACAGGGACAACCCUACGCUGGUUGUUGAUGCUAAUGGUCAAGUACCCCCUUAUACAGGACCGGGUCCUGGAGGAGAUCAGCAGCGUCAUAGGAAGUCGUCAGCCCUUAGCAGAGGACAGGAAGAACCUGCCCUACACUGAUGCAGUGAUCCAUGAGACCCAGAGACUGGCCAACAUUUUACCCAUUGCCAUCCCCCACACCACCAGCCGAGACAUCACCUUCCAGGGAUAUUUCAUCAAGAAGGGGACGCUUGUGUUUCCUCUACUGACGUCUGUCCUACAAGACGGAAGCGAAUGGGAGAGCCCACACACCUUUAACCCCGCCCACUUUCUGGAUGAGGAAGGUCGAUUCACCAAGAGGGAUGCCUUCAUGCCCUUCUCUGCAGGUCGUAGGGUGUGUCUGGGGGAGAGUCUGGCCAGGAUGGAGCUCUUCCUCUUCUUCACCUCCCUCCUGCAGCGCUUUCGUUUCUCUCCUCCUCCUGGAGUAACAGAGGAUGAUCUGGACCUUACACCAUCCGUGGGGUUCACCCUCAACCCUUCACCUCACCAGCUGUGUGCUGUGAGCCGGGUCUGAGAUGAGUCUGGGCCUAAUGUAUAUUAUACAUGACUUAGAACAAAUGCUCCACUUUAGACAAACAUGCUGAAAUGGGUUACCUCACCGGCUGUACUGUGAGCCAGGUCUGAGAUGAAACCAGUCCGUCCCUCAAUGGUUUUGGUUUAAUUUGAUUGCUCUACAAUCCAACAAUGUAAUUGAUUGAUACAAAGCACUGCUAUUAUGUACAGAAUGCUUGUUGUUUUUGCUUGCUGUCCUGCCUUGUCUGGGACUGGACAGCUGUUACCAAGCUUAGCAAAGUCAAUCAGUGUUCUAGCUAAUGUUAUCAGUAGUUGACACUAAUAUAUACCCUUGUGGUUGUUUUUAUAUGACUAGUAAGCAUACUUAGCAACCAUCUGCUAGCUAGAACAAAUAACUACCACUAAGUAGCUAGCUCCAGCAGGAGUGGAAGUUCGACUGCCUACUUCCCUCCAUUAGUGGUUCCAGUUGUUGAACGAAAUUUGAAACAACAAGACUGCAUUUACACAGGAAACCCAAUUUGGAUUGUUUUCCACUGUUUAGUAUUUUGACCAACCAGAUCAGCUAUUUUGCCUACAAUUGGACAAAAGACCAGAAUUGAGCUGCCUGUGUAAAAGCAGCCAAAAGGUCUCACAAAAAUGUGUUUACAAACUGUGCGGUAGCUGGUGGCUAGUUUAAGGUACUCUUUCUCCAUUGACCUUAGCUAGUGGUUAGCUUGAGCCACAUUAGCUACUAGUGACUACUUACAUAUAAUAUAUUGGAAGAUUUGGGCAUGAAAAUCUAACUUAUUGCACCUUUAAGCUUUCUUGUCCUAUUCAAACAGGCCAACCAAAGGUACAUAACACUAACAGUGUCUGUUAUUGAUAACAGCUAGGAUGAUUGACUCUGCUAAGCUUGAUUACACCCCAAAGAUAAAUAAGCUAAGACGUAGGCUUCUGAUUAGCCUUGGUAUUAAAAUCUGUUCAUAUACACCCCCAGGAAGAGUGACCCCUUUUUAGUUUAUAUCUUCUGACAAGUGAGAACCUGAAAAUGACCAUAUCUUAGUGAUCAUAAAUUCAUAAAAUGUUUGAGAAUGACGUAUUGUAAGGCACUUUGUGUAAAUUCUAUAGCAAUAUAAAGCUGCCGUGCGUUUGCACAAUGACUAGACACUGCGUAAACAGAGCAAAUUAAAUGUAACCAUACUAAAGUAAUAUACAGUAUUUAAGCAAUAAGGCGCGAGGGGGUGUGGAAUAUGGCCAAUAUACCAUGGCUAAGGGCUGUUCUUAAGCACGAUGCAUCGCGGAGUGCAUGGACACAGUCCUUAACCGUGGUAUAUUGGCCAUAUACCACAAAUCCCCAAGGUGCCUUAUUGCUAUUAUAAACUGGUUACCAACGUAAUUAAAGCAGUAAAAAUAAAUGUUUUGUCAUA